AUGGAGGCAGAACGGCAGGCACCGCGGAUCAAGAAUCGCGCGCCAGCGCCGGUUCAGAUCACCGCUGAGCAGCUUCUUCGUGAGGCGCAAGAGAACCAAGAUAAGCCCUUGCAAGGACUAGCUCGGCACCGAAUUGAGGACUACGAAGAGCUGGAUGACUACCGUGCGCGCAAGCGUAAAGAUUUCGAGGAUGCUAUCCGACGCCUUCGCGGCAAUAUGGUAUCGUGGAUACGAUAUGCGACGUGGGAAGCGAAUCAAGGUCAAAUGGACCGCGCGCGGUCCGUAUUUGAGCGCGCUUUGGAUGUCAACCCUCACCAUAUUCCAUUAUGGAUACGAUACACGGAACAAGAGCUAAAGGCGCGGAAUGUGAACCAUGCGCGAAACCUGUUUGACCGUGCCGUUUCGAUUCUUCCUCGCAUCGACCAGCUUUGGUACAAAUACGUGCAUGUGGAAGAGUUGUUGGGCAACGUGGGCGGCACCAGGGAAAUUUUUGAGCGCUGGAUGAGCUGGGAGCCAGAGGAGCGUGCGUGGAGUGCGUACAUUUCAUUCGAGCUUCGGUACAAUGAAUAUGAGCGUGCAAGCGCAGUCUGGGAGCGUGCCGUGACGUGCCAUCCGACGCCUAGGCAGUGGAUUCGAUGGGCCAAGUACGAAGAGGACCGUGGCGAUCUAGAGAAAACGCGACGUGUCUUUCACAUGGCGCUCGACUUUUUCGGGGAAGAUGAGAGCGUGUUGGAGCGCGUGCAAACGGUGUUCACAGCAUUCGCCAAGAUGGAGACGCGACAAACCGAGUAUGACCGCGCACGUAUGAUCUACAAGUAUGCCCUUGAACGGCUCCCACGCGCCAAAAGUGAAGGCAUCUAUGCCAGUUAUACACGCUUUGAAAAGCAGUUCGGUAACAUUAAAGGCGUGGAAGACACAGUCACACAGAAACGCCGCCUGCAGUACGAAGAGGAGCUCGAAUCUGGACAAGGCACGGGCAACUAUGAUACGUGGUUUGACUAUACGCGGUUGGAGGAAGACUCUUAUCGUACUUUGCUUGAGGAUGAUGCACCCGAAUCUAUGCUGGAGAUGGCGCGCGAAAAAGUGCGCCAAGUGUACGAGCGCGCGACUGCGCAAGUUCCACCGGCGUACGAAAAGCGGUUGUGGCGGAGAUAUAUCUAUCUCUGGCUCCGCUACGCUCUCUUUGAAGAGCUGGAUACCAAAGACCUUGAGCUUGCUAAAAAAGUAUAUGCCACAGCCGUGUCUAUUGUACCACACCGUGAGUUUACCUUUGCUAAACUCUGGCUUGCGUAUGCUAAAUUUGAAGUGCGUCGCUUGGACAUUGCUGUUGCGCGGAAAAUUUUAGGGACUGCGAUUGGACUCGCGCCAAAAAAGAAGCUGUAUGCGGGGUACAUUGAGCUGGAGCUCGCAUUAAAAGAAUUUGAUCGUGCCCGCAAAUUGUAUGAAAAGUCGCUGGAGUGGGAUCCCACGAGCUCGAGCACCUGGGUCCGGUUUGCAGAGCUCGAGCAAAAUCUCUUUGAUUUGGACCGCGCGCGUGCAAUUUAUGAGCUUGGCAUCACCCAAUCCGAGUCAGAUUUGGGCGGCUUAGACAUGCCGGAGGUGUUGUGGAAAGCGUAUAUCGACUUCGAAUUUGGCGAACGCGAAAUGGAGCGCGUGGAUGCCUUGUACGAGCGUCUUUUGGAGCGCACAGGGCACGUCAAGGUAUGGAUUAGCUAUGCAUUGGGCAAAAUGGCUGCGGCACUCGCAUUCGAAGAGGACGAAGAUGCGGACGCUGAAGAGGAGGGUGCAAAAAGCACGCUUUCCAGUGAGGAAGAAGCACUUCGCGCGCAGCGACGCGCUGGGGCGGCAGAAGAGACUCGCAACAUUUUCAAACGUGGCUACGAGAAUUUGCGUGAACAAGAGCUAAAGGACGAAUCUGUGGUACUCUUGGAGGCGUGGAAAGUGUUCGAGGAAGAGCACGGCGAUGAAAGCAAGGUCGCUGCCGUGCAAGAGAGGAUGCCACGCGUGCUUAAGAAGCGCCGCGAACUUGGCGACGGCGCAACGGAAGAAUACUACGACCUGGUAUUCCCUGAAGACGAAAAGAAGGACAAGCCGGCUUUAAAGCUCCUCCAAAUGGCGCACGCUUGGCGCGCCCAGCAGCAGCAGCCUACAUAA